AUGGAAUACACAUAGGAUUAAAUUCAAGAUAUCAUAAGUUUCGUUGCUCAAAAGUGGGACGAGAGACUCUUUGAACAAGCAAAGACCAAAUUCCACUCCGUUGUCGAAAUCGAUUAUACAUCUUUAGGUGCCCCAUCGAUUACCUAAGAUCCAAUUGAAACCUUAUGUAACAAUUGGAAGAUAGUCCUAAGCGGAUUCGAUAAAACUGUGCAUACAGUGAAAGUAAAUUAAAUUGAGCAGGAGAAUGACUUAAUUGUAGUGCAUUCAUCAGUGAAUGCAUAUCAUUUUAUAGCACAUGUGGAGGAGGGAGAAGAAUGGACAUUGAAUGGACGUUAUGUGCACAAGUUGAAGAGCAUUGAUGGAACUCUCAAAAUCGUUUACAUGAAACUGUAGGUAGAGGAAUAAAAGGGUAACCUAAAGUUAAUUAUGGAGUCAACCAAGAGAACAAUGUAAUGA